AUGGAUUGGUUAGCUUCAUUUCAUGCUACGAUUGAUUGUUUUAGAGGAAAAGUCACAGUUUACACUCUCGAGGGAGACUGUUUCUUUUUCAUGGGAGAUCAGAAUGAUUCCUAUACUCCAUCAUUGUACGGGGUUCGUAGACGAGGUCGUGGUAAUUACUUCUUGGCUAAUCUUUUAGCCGAAGAAGAUGAUAUUGUGGAAGAGGUUUAUCCGGCAAUUGUUUGUGAUUUCUUGGAUGUUUUUCCAGAGGACUUUACAGAGUUGCCUUCACAUCGAGAGGUGGAGUUUACUAUUGAUUUGAUGCCCGGUACCGCGCUGAUUUCUAUGGCAUCGUAUCGUAUAACACCUAUUGAAUUGGAAGAACUGAAGAAACAACUUGAUGAUUUGAGGACAAAAGGUUUCAUCCGACUGAAUGUGUCACCGUAG